AUGUGCAUCAUUUUCUACGCCGCCUACCCUGGCUGUGUACACGUAGACUACAUCGGCUCCUAUCACUGCGGGUACCCUGGCUGCUCCAUCGAAACGCAGCACAUUGUCCAAGUCGAGGAGACGGGGUUCCGGUGCGACAUGUGCAUUCGUUUGGAUGUCACUCAGACGGAGCCGAUGCCGCCGGCGCAAUGGUAUGUGCCAGUUCCUGAUAUGAAGCUGGGAUUCAAGAGGAGAGAAGGGUGGGCGUGGCCGAGUGUUGUGGAUCGCGGGGUGAUGGCGGCGGGCACUGCUUGGGGUAAUGGUUGGAGUCGCGGUGGCGGUGGUAGCGGUGAUGAUACGAGGAGUCAUCCAAGAAGUAAUCCGCAGAGCUUGAGUGACACGGAUAGCACGACAAAUUAUUGGCCAUUGAGUGCGGCGGAAAAGGCAACACACCUGUUUGCCAAGCUGACGGUGAGAGAGGAGGCUCAGUCUGUAAGUACUGGUAGCCGCAGUGGGGAUAGUAAUGGCAGUAGCAGUGGCGCUGAGGGUGUUGGUAAGAGUGCGCUUUCCACCCUAAUCCUUACGGCGCAAUCAUCAGAGCGCAACCCUUCACCAGCUCUUCAGCCUCCGCUCAUGCCUCGAUUCUCACCCCUGUUACCGGCCGGCCUGCCCAGCUACCCCGUCCUACCUCCAGGCCUGAUCAAUUACCCUUUAUAUCCUUUUGGAUUGACUGCCGAGCAGUUCUCUGCACUUCAACGGCAAUCGGCCACCCCCGUGGUACCAAUGAUGGAAAUUUCAGGCCUUCAUACCCGACAAACGCCUGUAUACAACACACCCGCUAGGCAACUCGAACAAUACCAAGCUCGGACCUACACUGGAGCCGUACAGCCUGUACAUGCUGUACCUACUGAGCGUCCGCAUUCCAAGUUCAUCCCUACGCCAUGGAAUACAAGCACACAUAUACCAGUUGAGCAAGCAUUCAGUGUCCGAAAACCGAACAACGUACACAGUGACACGCCGACGGUUGUUUAUGGCAACGUGGUGUUCCAUCCGACUCCCAUUGGUACGCCGUACCCCAACAUGAACGUGCCUGUUGAUGCGCCUGCGCGGUACGGAAAUAGCGGGGUGUUUGAUGCUACGAAUAUGACUUCGAAUAUGACGGGCUCGGCUCUCAACCCACGUGCUCCGCAGUUCAGGGGCAUGGUUGAGGGGAAGGGCAAAGGCAAGGCUGAGGGGCGAGGGUUCAGAUCAAAUAUUCCUGGCGUAUAG